AUGGCAGGGCCAACGGCAACGACAACCAGGCAAUUGAUUGUCCUACCUCCGCCUCCCCGUUACCCCUCGCAGGCCGGCUAUGGCCUCAUGAAUGCCGGUUUGGCCCCGGUCAUCGAAACAAACAAUAUCCUCUCCAACCCCACAGGGCCCGAAUACCAGUUCCUUGUCGGAGAAGGCAUGUACCCCGUUGCCCUCGCUAUGCGCUUACCCUACUACGCGCCCACCGUGCACACUCUAACGGGUUCCAUCUUCAGGUACCUACGUCCUCAAGGAAGACCUUCUCUUGGCUACGCCUCCGCCGCACCCUCCGAGAUCCCAAACGCAAACCCGAAUCCCCUCGCAACCAUACCUCAACCUGCCACUUCAGGCUGCAAGGCUACCCUUGUAGCUCUUGACGUGCGCCAUGCGCCGCGGUUCUUCCUCGGAUCUUCCAACACGACCAUUUCCCUCAACGGUGCCCCAGAGAGCAUCCAAGAACACCCCAACGAGAGCCGAUACUCCAACGAACUGGGUGCGCUUAGCAGCGAUGAAGGUCGGGGACUUCAACCAGCGAUGCCCCCGACGACGGAUGCGAAUAAGAAACGGAAGCCCAAGAACAACAUGACGAAGAGCAACUCGUCUUUCAUCUCCCGCGUCAUCGGGAACGAUGCGUCACACAAGAAGCUGCAGGACCGCUCCACGGAUGGCAUGUUCGCUUUUGCGAACAACGAAUACCUCACGAAAAUCCUCUUCACGAAGGCCCACUGCCUGUGCCAUGACGUAAACCAUGUUACCAAGGCAUCCAACCACUUGGAUAUGAUCAUGGGGUUCUCCACGGGCGACAUCAUCUGGUGGGAACCGUUCUCUCAGCGGUAUACCAGGAUAAACAAAAAUGGCAUCAUCAAUACGAGCCCAGUAUCCGAGAUCAAGUGGAUUCCGGGUUCAGAAAACCUGUUCCUAGCGGCGCAUAUGGACGGUAAUCUGGUGGUGUACGACAAGGAAAAGGAAGACGCGGUUUUCAACCCCAACGAAGAGAGUGCGGCAUCGAGCGGGGAGAACCAGAAGACGAACCCGGUUGCGCUCUGGAAGAUUUCGAAUCAGCGAAUCAACUCGUAUGCGUUUUCGCCUGACAACCGCCACCUAGCCGUAGUUUCGGAGGACGGCACGCUCAGGAUCAUUGACUACUUGAAGGAAACUCUCCUCGACCUCUUCUACUCAUACUACGGCGGCCUCACGUGCGUGUGCUGGUCCCCAGACGGCAAGUACGUGUUGACAGGCGGUCAGGAUGAUCUUAUCUCUAUCUGGUCGGUCCCCGAGUCGGCGAUCGUCGCUCGAUGCCAAGGCCACCAGUCGUGGGUGACCGCCGUCGCGUUCGACCCGUGGAGGUGCGACGAUAGAAACUACCGAUUCGGAAGCGUUGGUGAAGACUGCAGGCUGUGCCUAUGGGAUUUCAACGUUGGCAUGAUUCACCGACCUAAGCCGAUGUCGGUGCUCCAUCGGGCGUCCAUCUCAUCUAAACUCACGAGUCCGCUCCAGACGACUAAUACCAAAUCGUCGGCCCGAAUGAGGGCGGACUCGAGCACCUCGAUCGACAAGGAAGAGGUUGUCGGCGAAAGCACAAACCAUCCCGUGGAGCCGCGAUCUCGGACGGCCAUGCUCCCUCCAGUUUCGACCAAAGUCGUCGACACGCACCCUAUCGCCUGGCUAGAGUUUACCGAAGAUUCUAUCAUCACUAGUUGCAAGUCAGGCCACAUCCGGACCUGGAGCCGACCCACCGACCUAGUGGCUUAA